UCUCAACGAAUUGCAGUUUAUAACACUUCGGCAUGGGCUUCAUAGUUUGAGACCGGAGGUUGCCGCUUGAUUUUACUAUCCACUUUGAACCAGUUUGAACUGGUUUUGUAAGCGGCUCACUUCUUUGAUGGGGUCAUUGUGCCUGCCUGUUCUGAAGCCCCAGGAGUUACACCCUACAUGUGAGUACUCCAAAUAUAAGUCAUAUUGUUCAAAUCACAAAAGUCAUGGUGGAAUAAGAAUUAUCACUUUGAUAAAUGUUGUGUAAUUUAAUAACACAGGAGGUUGAGAUGCAGGCUAGAAAGAAACAAAGCAGACCUAGCUAAUUAUGUGAGAUGAUGGAAGAUGGAAGGUAUAUGAUUUCAUUGAAUGGAAAGAAAGGCUAGUAGAGGUUGUAGUUCUCCAGAAAGUGGAAACUAUGAUGUGUUUUUUACAUGCUUCUUAACCACUGUUGGUGCUAACUGCUAGUAAUGCACUAGCAGGCCAAUCACAUUACACUUAUUGCCGUGAAUAUGAGUGUUAGCAUUUCAUUCCUCUCAGCCUCCUCACAUCAAUGAAGACAGGUGAGUCAAUUUUUCAUGCUGCUAUCAAGAUUGUGUCUAUGUAGCUAGCCUAUUAUGUGUGCUAAUUUAGUACUUAUUUUGACUUAAGGCUUUUUAUUUUAAAAGCAAAGUACAGUAUACAGUGUGUAUUUGUAGUUUGUGUUGUAACUACUGUCAACAGCUAGCUCAAACUUAGGUUAGCCAGUUACCUAGCUUGCUAACCAUACGAUCAGAAUCUCGCUACACUCCUUUCUUACUCUUAAACCAUACAAGUUCAUCCAGAGAGCAACACAGGAUAACAGGGUAUGUAAUGUAAGAUUAAACCUUUGUGUUUGUGAGAAUACAGUUUCUUGUGGACAUAAAUGCGUGUCGCUUACUACAUUUUUGCUGUCAUGGAAGAUAUUGUACUCAUCUCAAGAAACAUUUUAAAAAUAUCACAGUAUUAGUCUUUAUUUUAUGGAAUAUAUAUAUUUAGUUUGGCCAAAACCGUUCAUGAAUGCUGUUUUUUAAGUUUAGGCUAGCUAAUGCAGGCUAGCUGUCAGCAGUUGCAUGUGCUUUUACUAGAUACAGGAUUGCAUACACUUAGCUGCUAAGAAAAGAAAUGAAAUUCUAAAUAGUUUGCACCCUUGAUUAUGAUCAAUAAGACAUUUGAAGUGUCAGAAUCAGUUCACAGGAAUGUUGCAGCAGUUUGUUGAUUUUCCUGUUGAAUAUUAUGUUGCGUUAAUUCUUUCGACACAAGUCUUUCCAAAACACAAUGUAGUCGGAUAUGGUCAUGAUGUUUUUUAUUAGUGAUAUAUCAAUAUUAUUGUUUGCUUUGCUUGUCUAUAUUACUCAUCCGCAGUGCCAGAUCAUUAUCACCCAAGCUUCCUUAUUGCUGAUAUCAGAAUGUGAAGUUGAUGACUCCCAUUUGACCCUUAUUGAUCCCUUGAUCUGUGUUAACAUGAUAUAAUUCAAACAACUCCCGAACAACUUGUCUCUUAAACCUACCAAGUAAACAAGUCUCAAAUGAGAUGAAUAAGACGUGUGAAAUGUUUCCUUAAAAGUAACUGGUUUUAUUUCCUUUUGAAACCCAACACUGAAACUAAUGCUGCUUCUAUUAUACAGGCAUCAUUUUUCAAUUUAACUCAAAGCCAUAUAAUCUUUAGCAACAUUCUUAUGCAUUAAUUCAUUCAUGUGUUGUUUGACUUGUGAAACUUUGAAAGUUUAAAACUACCUAACAAUGAUGUGAAGCAGUUUAUACAGGGAAAAAAAAAUGCAAAUCAUUGCAACAAAAAGUGUGUCUAGAGACUUCCUCAAAUGUUUCACAACACUGAGAUGAAUGAUAAAAGGGACAGCACAGCACAUUCAAGCUCAGACGUAUCGUUUGAAACGCUGCACCAUUGUUCGUCAAAUUGAAGUCAUAUUGGAACCAUGGUUCAAGCAGGCAUGGUGAUCUACAUUGUGUUGGAGGUGUUCAUAGCUGUUUGCUGCUGUCUUGGAAAUACAUUGGUGAUUUUGGCACUGUGGACCAGUAAGUGCAUUAAGCAGCCUACUUUCUGCCUGAUUGUGUCUCUGGCUGUGGCUGACAUCAUGGUGGGAUGUGUGACCAUACCCUUGGCGGUGGUGGUGGCUUUAGGAUUAAAUACUUCCUUUCACGGUUGUCUCUUCCUGAGCUGUGUGGUCAUCCUGUUCACCCUGGUAUCAGUUUUUUGUCUCGUGGCUAUCGCAGUAGAUCGAUUCCUCCGGGUGUACAUCCCUCUCAGGUACAAAAGGACAGUAACACAGCGGCACUCCUGGCUCGUGGUUGCAGCAUGUUGGCUUGUUGCAGUUCCACUGAGUUUUGCUCCCAUGCUUGGAUGGCACAAACACCAAACCUUAUCUAACACAGCCAACUCUACUAUUGUUUGCCAGUUUGUAGCAGUGAUCCCCAUGUCCUAUCUGGUUUACUUCAACUUUUUUCUCUGCACCCUGACCCCUCUGUUAGCCAUGACUGCACUUUAUGGCUACAUCUUCUAUACAAUUCGAGGAAACCUCAGAGAGAGACCAGGCAACUGUGCACAACAACAGUCUCAGAACUACCUGAAGAAAGAGAAAGAGCUGGCCAGAUCUCUGUCUCUGGUCCUGGCUCUGUUCGCCCUGUCCUGGCUCCCUCUCCACAUCAUGAACUGCAUUGAUUUUUUUGAUUUUGAGACUAGUGUAUCACACAUGGCUUUCUUUGCUGGCAUCAUUCUCUCUCACGCCAACUCAGCUGUAAACCCAAUCGUGUAUGCGUUCAGAAUACAAAAAAUCAAAACAGCAUACCUGGAGCUCUGGAGACAGUUAACUGUAUGUAGAAAAGAAAACCAAGGGUCUCAGUCAAGCCAGUUAACAGAUAACAAUCCCAGCAGUAAACUGAACAGCGACCUAAAAUGAGUGAACUAGGAGUGAUGGUGAGCUCACCACUCACUCGCAUGCAUCUCGGGUUGGAGAGCAAGCAGGGGUGAACAUAAUGGACUUGGUAGCUUAAUAACAAAGGUCUCCUUGUUGCUUUGGCUUGUCAUCCUUGCUAGCAAAGGUCAAAAACCAUUCUGACGCUCAUGCACGGUGGUCGCAGGUAAAACAACUGAUGCUAAAUAUUGGACAAGCUAACAAGCAGACAUUCAUAACUUGAUAUUUAGUGCUAACAUAUGGUAAUGACACUAAAACCAUCCCUAGAGAAAGCUGGAGCACUGACUUGCACAGUGAGCCAUAUGGCCUAUUUUAGUAGAACAUAUGAUGAUCGGACAUAUGGUAGUAAAAAUGUUUGUAAUAAAAAACAUCACCACGAAAAGAAGAGAUAUCAUGUUCAGUUACUGAGCUGGCUGAGGGGAGGCCUAUGGUAGCUCCUACUGUCACUCAAAUUAGUCAUACACACAAUUUUAAAUUUUUUAGCCGUAUCUGAUUUUCACAGCUGAGUUAUACAAAACUCCACAGCUAUAGAGACUAACACUGUUUGUUGUACUGGUUGUAAUCAUGUUUCCCCUGCUGUAAAUGUUGGCUUUUAUCUCAAGUGGCUUCUUAAAGAACUGUGUUUUGGCAUUUGAUUGUGGCUUCAUUCUUUAGCUUCAGGCGUUGCUGCUUGUUUUAAAUCCAAAAGCUUUCACUGAACUGACAAAGAUUUUUAUACAUUAUUAGUUAACAAAUCUCUAAAGAGCUGUUUAUCCGGCAGAUUAUUUGCGUGUGAGUGCAUGUGUGUGUAUGUAUUGCGAAAGCUGUCUUUUAGAGGAAUGGCCCACUUCCGUUUGUCUAAAAACUUUUGUCUGACUGAGUUUCAUAUCACUGUCCUUUUUUCACUUUCUGAUCAAGUUUCAGUUCGUCUUCAUUUCAAAAGAAUAACCUUCUAUAGAAAUUACCUUUUUGUAGUCUUAGGUAGAAAACGUUGGUCGUCAUUACCUGAUGAACUUUUUGUAGCACAUAAAUGAUGAUAAUGAACCUGUGUAAACCUGACCAGAAAAGACUGAAAUGCAAUAAACAAAUCACAGAUGUUCACCAUUUAA